GAAGGAUAUCAUUUGACGAACCAGGGUUGGAGUUUGUAUGUGUGAGUGUUUUAUAAAGAUCUAAUAUGCUAUAUUUGUAUAUUGGGAAAAGACAAUACAUCCCGGUUGUGUUUAGUAUUUACAAAAGUAUGUUCACGUAAAUUGAGAAAGAUUCUAGCAACACUUGCUGUUCACAGUUGGAGGGAGAUUUUUUUUUUUAUAGAAGUAGAUAGGCUAGAAGUAUCGGGGCAUCAUUCUAGAGAAGAUAAUGUUGUUGGAUAAUGAUAAUUAUCAUGAUUAUGUAUUAAUACAAUAGGCUUGAUUAUCAUAAUUAUGUAUUAAUACAAUAGCCUUGUGGAGUUUUGGACAACACAAUAUUGCAAUAUCUUGUUUGUUACAAGAUCGAAAACACAUUCCUUUGUCUGCUACACCCCUACCUGACUUGCCUAGUUAAAUAAAGGUUAAACUAAAUUAAAAAAAAAAAAAUACCCAUCAAAGAGAUUUCGUUAGAAAUCUGCAACUAUGGGAUGGGCGGGGCAUAUGUAGAUAAUGUAUCCUUAUCCCUGCCUUUAUAUCCAAACGGGUCCAUAGAAGGAAACUUUGCUCGAGUGUGGGGGCGCGCUUCUCAGCUACCAACCCUGGCUGUGCCAAACAGUAUAAAUCAAUGGUCAAGAAAGCGUUCGGAGUAUCGGUAAGGAACUGACGCCAUGAAGACUUCACAGCAGUUUUUUUWAAACAGGGAAUUAACUGUUUUAAUAUAUGCGUAAUGACCAAGUGGUAGAUGUGGAUAUCCUGUAGCCUAUAAUCCCGACGGCGAAGACCGUGCGCCUGUAGACUACAGGACUGGAAUCGAAAGGCAGAUUCUCUUCGAAACGCCCUCAGUACGAGGGAGGGGAGUAAGAGAAGUAGCAUUCUGGUGACAAAGAGGACCAAACACGGAGACCGAGGUUGAAGAUUGAGGUGGAUCAGGGCCAGCGCCAGGCGGGUUGUUUGUGAUUAACUGCCGCUGUGGAACUGGGGUAUGGAGAUGUUGCGUCGCUCCUCAGUAUUCGCGGCUGAAGUGAUGGAAGUAUUUGACCGCUCCCCCACAGACAAGGAGCUGGUGUCACAGGCCAAGGCGCUAUGCAGGGACUACAUCCAUUCCAGGCUGAACCGAACCGGGAUAGGGUGGUCCAAACCCGAGCAUCAGCUGUCAGCAUCUGGUGGGAUGCUUGGAGAGGUAUCCUCUGUCCUCAUGUGGUUAGGUGAUGAGUUGGAGUACCUGCGGCCCAACAUCUACCGUAACGUAGCUCGUCAGCUGAACAUCACCGUUGCGUCUGAGAGCGUGGUGUCUGAUGCCUUCCUGGCUGUGGCUGCAGAGAUCUUCUCCACCGGUAUAACGUGGGGGAAGGUGGUAUCCCUGUAUGCGGUAGCCGGUGCCCUGGCGGUGGACUGCGUGAGGCACGGUCACCCUGCCAUGGUCCACACCAUCGUAGACUGCAUGGGGGAGUUUGUCCGCAAGAGCCUGGUCUCCUGGUUGAAGAGGAGAGGAGGAUGGGCUGAUAUCACAAAGUGCGUGGUGAACACAGACCCCAGCUUCCGCUCCCAUUGGUUGAUGUCUGCUGCCUGUGCCUGUGGACAUUACCUGAAGGCCAUGGUGUUUUACCUGCUCCGGGACAAGUGACAACGGAGGAGGAAAGUUCAGACACACGAUGAGCAGUCUGCCCUAUACGAACACAGCCACCCCCAUCCAUCAGUGGAGUACAGGACAAGCAAGCCUGGUCCCAGAUCAUUUUGUGCUCUUGACAACUCAAGUGAUGUCAUUGUCAAGCCAAACAUGUUUGACAUGACAAUGAGUGACAAGGAGUUGCACAAACAGACUGGUACUUAGGGCC